AUGCCGUCGCAAAAGACUUUCAGGACUAAGGUCAGGCUGGCUAAGGCCUCCAGGCAGAACAGGCCGAUCCCCAACUGGUUCCGCAUGAAGACGGACAACAAGAUCCAGUACAAUAAGAACCGCAGGCACUGGAGGCGGACGAAGCUUAACCUCUAA